CACCUUCCCGCUCUUCAUCCUUUUCCUUCAGCAACCGUACCUCAUUCUCAUCCAUCGACUCAGCCAUUCACACCCACCACCGUGAUCCAACCUCCAAAUCCAAAUCAAGAUCCAACAGCAGCGGCGGCGGCGGCAUCCAUAACCCAGUCCCCACCACCACCACCACCGCAGCGACCAGCACCCUACCUCCAGAACAACAACAAUCAUUCACCUGCACCUUCUGCUGGCGCCUCUACCCUUCCUCCGAUCGGCACAUGUUCCAUCGCAGCAGCACCUCUAAUGGAAGAGGCACAGGCAGCUGGAAAAAAGAAGCACCAAGACCAGCCUGCCCCCCCUGCUACCGCGCCAUAAUCGAUCUGUCCAUCUACUGGGUGUGCGGCGAAGUAGUCGUGCGCGGAGAGGAGUGCGUGAGUCUGGGCUGGUGUUUCUGGCAUAGAGCUUGUUAUGGGUGUUUGUUGUGCGGGAAUAAGAGGGUGGGGGAGGGAAAUUGAUCAGGGAUGUUUGGUUGAGGUUGAGGGAAAGGGGCUUGGGCUUGGGGAUGAGGAGGAGAGGGAGAAGAAAGGGUUGGAGAGGAUUGAUAGAGUGGAUGGAGGGUUGACGAGACGGAGGUGGGAGAUGAAGGAGGGGGAGAAGGAGAAGGAGAAGGAGGAAAAGAAGAUUGGGGAUGGCGUCGAUGACCGGUCUUUGACGAAGGACGAGAUGGCUUCAAGCCCUGGUUCUGAUAAACCCGAGACUAUCUACGUCAACAUUUUUGACCCUGUUGGGCGAGAGGCGUUCAGACCUAGCUUGAUGAAGUCGAUUCCGGAGUGGAUGCAGUCGGGAGCGCGGGAACAUUUGGAUCGCGAGGCCGGAUCUUCAUUACCUGUCAACUUGGAUCAUCAAAAACUCAGAGAACAAAUGGCUGACCGCGCAAGCACAAUAUCGACGCCGCGACCCAUUAGCCAAGGCUUAUCAGAGACUUCGUCCACUGCUACGCCGACAGCUUCUCGCGCUGCGUCAACCCGUCGACGAUCCGGCGCAAUCUCGCCCCGAGCGACAAGCCCAACGCCAUCCAUUGAUGCUAUAUCCAGGGCUUCCUCAGUCCGCACCGGAACUUCCUUCGUGAGCGAGCAACCGCUCGUCGUCCCCUCCAUGUCCUCCAACCAUCCCAAAGAGACAACCAAGGGCCCAGCCAAAGACACCAGAGACUCAUGGCUCUCAACGGACUCCAACGUCUCCUCCAACCCGAAUACCUCCUCCUACAACAACAAUCAGCCGGAAACCCUCUCCCGUCCCUCCGCCGUCCGAAGCGUCGCCACCAUCUUCGAAAGAGGCAUCGCAAGCAAAGACCAGCGCCACACACCCGUAAACCAACCGCUCCCUCUCCUACGCAUCCUCCAACAGCCCUACCGUCCACUAACUCCCACCCGCUCCGACACGAGUCUUUCCUCUUCUUCUCCUCACCUUCAGCCAAACAACCUAGCAACACGACCGCAAAGAGCUCAGACCCAUGAGCUUGGUGCAGCAAGUCUGCCGAAACCAAUCCAGAUCUUGAGAAGUGGCCAGGCAGGAAAACAAUCACAGAUAAACCGAAUGGGUUCUGCGACGGUGUCGAUUCCAGUUGUGUCAACUAGCUCCGAGUAUCUGGAGCGGUAUCAACCUGUCAAGGCUUCUACAAUUUUUCUUUCUUCUUCCUCCCCGGCACAGGGGGCUCGGUCGUCGGUACGCUCGAUUCGGGCGGGUGGACCGGGAGUGAGCGCAAUCACGAGGGGGUGGGAGGGUCAACUCAGUAACACAUCUUCGUCGGGAGAAACUGAGAGAGGGGACUUGGCAAAACGGCUUCCGGUGUACUCGACUUCUCAACCACCAUCGUCUUUUGUGCAGUCUUCGUACACAAAAGAGGGACAGACAACUUCUAUCCGGAGGUCUGUGUCCCAUUCCAUACGCCAGGAAGGGGCUCUUGAUGAGGGACAAGUGAGAAUGGGCCAGUCUUCACCAUCGGAGACGUAUACAAAUGGUCAGGGGCAGAUAACCAUCCGCCGGUCGAUCUCGCACUCUCUCCGCCGUGAGGGAGCUCAUGAUCAAGGACAAAGUCACCACUUCACAUCCCAACCUCAGUCACCCAAACCUCAGUCACCAACUCUGCCGUCGAGACGCCUACCAUACAGUAGUUCACCCAACAGUCCACCCAACGGUCCCAACGGCCCCACUGCCCCGAUACCCCUAAACUUCACCGUACAAAAAAGAUUCGGCGGACCAACCAUUGGGGGGUCGGUGGUAACGGCUUCUUCAAUCACGGGGACCGAAGGAGCGGCCUCUACGUCGUCGGAGUCUUCGCCCGGGAUGGGGACGGGGACAGGGACGGGGACUGGGGAGGAAAAAGGAGGAGGAGGAGGAGGAGGUUCAGGUCUCUCAAGGGGCAAUAAUUGGACGCGGACUCGGACGCCGAGUGCUGCAGGGAAUGCAACAACUUCGGGUACUGGUACUGGUAGUACUCCUGUGAUGUUUGGGGUGGUGCCAGUGAAGACGCUGUCGAAACGGAGGAGUGGUGUGCAUGCUGAGUUGAAGAGGUUGUUUGGACGGCAGUAAAGUAAAGUAGAUUGGCGUUGAUGAACGUGACCGGACCGGGCAGUGAUUACAAGAUGCAUUAGUUUGAGUAUUAAUACUGGUAGAUUAGCUCAUGACAUUGAUACGAGUUCGACGUCAUUGCUUCUCGCUUCUUUCAUCUCCUCGACGUCUGGUGGUGAUGACAUCCGUGGAGUUACAUACCAGCCUCGUGCCCCCUCCUUAUAGCAUUACCAAUCAUGUAUACACACUAUAAGCCAUCUACAGGCUUUACAAGUAGACAGAGAUGUUUCUGUGCAAACACG